GACAACGAUGAUGUUUACGCAAUCCACCUUCAGGCUAAGCAAUUGGAUAGGGAUAAAAGGACAGACGAACAAUGGACAACACGCGCAGAACACGUGUAGCUGAUCAGAUCAUUAUCACGAACUGGAUUCGAGAAACGUAUAUCUUGACUUCCUUCAAAAAUUUCCUCUUGAACCAAAGCCUUUUCACCUUCCUCCUCCCUCUCUCAUCUCUCAGGUAGAGUCAAUCAUGGUCAACUCAUCAGAACAUGGAUUAGCACGUGUCAUCCAUCACAAGGACUACUAUAUACGCGGCGGUGAUAUGACCGUACUGGUCGAGAAUCAUCUCUAUCGGAUACACAGCUACUUCUUCGAACGCGAAUCGCUGUUUUUCCGCCAGAAAUUCCAGUCCUCCGAAGGCGAGGAACGAGGCUCAUCAGACAACAAUGCCUAUACUUUGGAGGAUGUCAAGAGCGAAGACUUUGCCCGUUUCCUCUGGGUCUUCUACAACCCAAAAUAUUCGCUCUAUGAGGCACCUCUCGAGACGUGGCUGAGUAUCCUACACCUCGCCAACCGGUGGAGCUUCAGCAACGUCAAGGAGCUCACUGUACGUGAACUCGAGAAGAUUCACAUAGAGCCUGUCGACAAGAUCGCAAUAUAUCACGAGUACACUAUCAACAAGCAUUUCCUCAUUCCAGCGUACAUCGCGGUCUGCAAGAGGGAUAAGCCUUUGUCAUUUGCUGAGGGUAUGCAGCUUGGGAUGGAGACCGUUCUCCGUGUCGCAGACGCUCGUGAGCGGGCUCGCCAGCGUGCUGCUGAGAGUGGAAUCCGCUCGCCUACAUAUGAUGAUUUUGAAGACAGUGAUUUGGAAUCUAUGGUCAGGGAUGUUUUUGGAAUAACCUCGCGAUCACCGUCGCCGGUUCCCCAGACCAGUCAUUCGGCUAGCUACACCAACGGCUCGACCUUCACGAGCCCGAAAGGCAAUGGGUCGACGACAACCAGAGCUAAUGGCAAUGUCAAUGGCAACGGCGGCUCUUCAGUUCGUGCUAACGGUUCAUCCAACCCUGACCCGGCUGCUCGUUUCUCCACCGACACCACACACACGUUCAACACUGCCAAGGAAUCGCCAUCCACUUCUCCGGCUUCUUCGACAACUACACACAUUGUUUCACCGCCAAAUCCUAGUUCGAAGCCAGCUGCCCCAGUGCCUGAGAGCAAGCCCGCGCCGCCGGAGAAGCCCAAAACGCCUGUGCAGACAAGCUCUUCUACCACUGCAUUCCCCUCUACGGAACCAACCCAGACUGGUGCCUUCAAGUCAAACGGAACGGGAGGGAACAAAGGAGGAAAAGGCUGGUUCUCUUAGUUCCACCGCCGUUGUCACCC